UUGGGUGGGCCUUUUUUUAUUUCUAACAACCUUUGCCUCUUCCUUUUGUCGUUCGGCGUGACGGGCUACAGCUUACCCAGUCAGGAAUCUCACUACCUUCUCUCUGGGGACUCCUGAUUUUGGUAGUGAAUCGUGAGCUACAAGUUCUGUUCCGUUUGAUUGUCUGUUUCCUUACUUUCUCCCUCUCGGUUGUGUUUUUGUUGCUUUUAUUACCGUUCUUCUUGUUAUGGUGGUCUGUUGAAUUUGAAAGUUGGGAAAGUUUUACGUUUUUUGCAUGUGGGUGUCGAGGCGAGAUUGCAGCUCCUGGUUGUUUGAUCGGCGGCGGUAGUGCUUUUAGUCACCACUCCUCAGUCGCUUUCUCCGUGUUGCAGAGUUUCUCGGUUUUGAAAAUUCCAGUUUUGAUUUGGUUUGGUUUGGAGAGACUGCUUUGCUUUUGAGGUUUUCCUUUCUCUAACUUCGAACUUUUUAUGAUGGAGUCUUUCUCGUCAAUCUCUUCCUCAUCAUUCGCAAACUCGCUCGGUUCUAACGGGGACGUUCGCUCAAGGAACUUAAGAGAAGCCAACAUGCUGAAGACUGAUCUGAUGGCCGUGGGAACGAAGAGUGAUGGUUCCGUUGGCGUUCUUGAGGUCUACAUCCACCAGGCAAGAGAUAUACACAACAUCUGUAUCUACCACAAUCAGGAUGUUUACGCGAAAUUCUGUCUCACCUCCAACCCAGAUUUGACAGUCUCAAGUCGAAUUAUCAAUGGUGGGGGGAGGAACCCAGUUUUCAAUGACAAGCUGCACCUCAAUGUCCAGCAGAUUGAUGCGUCCCUGAAAUGCGAGAUUUGGAUGUUAAGCAGAGCAAAGGAUUAUUUGGAAGACCAAUUGCUUGGAUUCGCACUCGUCCCAAUUUCUGCUGUGGCAGCUGCAAAUGGUGGCAGUCUGAGCCAGGAGUUCUCACUUUCUUCAACUGAUCUUUUCCAUUCUCCGGCAGGUUUUGUCCAGCUCUCCCUUUCAUACAGGGGAUAUGCGCCGGAAGUUAUGAUGAUGGGCACUUCUGGCUCCAUCCCACACUCUGUUGUAGCUGAUGAAUCCUUACCUGAUUCAGAACCCAAUGAUCCAAUUUCCAGUGAGUACAGCAAGAUAGAGUUCCCUGACUUGCAGAUUGCUAAGGAGAAUGAGCGGAUGGUAUCUGAAUAUUUCGUUAUGCAACAGAGUCAUUUGGAUUCAGAGUGCUCAGACAGCUUUCCCAAUUCAAGCAACGAGAAUCAAAUCGACUCCGACAUUGGAAGCCAGGUUGUAGACAGCGUCUCUAGCAACCCUGAUUCUGAGAGUAUUCAUGACCAUCCUUCUCCCCGGAGUAACCUGACAAACAAUGCACAGACCCAAGAACAUGCUUCUCUGCUUAAAGGUGCAGAAAAGAGCGGUGAAAUUGUCAAUGGGGAGAGUAAAUCUCCAGGUGGAUUACCCACCACUGCCUUAGUGGAGCCGUUGAUCAAAAUAAAUGUGCCAGAGCAACCGGUCAUGCAGCAGCACUAUGUUGACAUGUAUAUGAAGAGCAUGCAAGAAUUCACAGAGUCCCUUGCAAAGAUGAAGCUCCCCAUGGAUAUUGAAAAUGGAGGAGAAAGUACACAAGGUCCUAAAGCAGAUGAAGGCAAGAAAUUGGAGGCCUCCAAGAGUACAGGAUCACGAGUCUUUUAUGGGAGUAGAGCUUUCUUCUAAGAUUUACUGAACUCAUGUCUUCCUUUCUAGAGUAGCUGCAUCCUGCUUGACUUUUAUACCUCCUAUGGAGUAUGGACUGUAUCUGAUGUUUCUUCUGUAUGUUGAAUGGCUGAGAAUAGAAACAAUGUAGCCUCCAAAAUUUGUGUUCUAGUGAGAGCCAGUGCCCCUGUAACAGUUGCUAUAUCCUGAGUCAUUCAACUUAUGCUCCUUUCAUUUUCUUCUUUAGGUGCA